AUGGGUGAAGCAGCAGAGACGUUUAGAUCGAUGACCAGCGCGAGGUUCUCAUUAGAGAUUCAAGACGGCGAGCAUACGGAUGCUGAUCAGUUGUGGAUACACUUGGCAAAGGGUAUGAGGGAGACGGCAAAGGCGGUACUAGGGGAAACAAGAGGGACAAGUAGCCGGCGGAAAGGGGGUAGGGAAUCUUGGUGGAUCAGUAAAGAGAGCAAGCAAAAUGGGACAAUUGAGGACUGGUCCUUGGCUAGGCAGAGAUACUACGAAGCCAAGAAAGAGGCAAAGAAGAUUGUAGCUAUAGAAAAAGAAAGAGCGCACGAAGAACUGUAUAAGAAAGUAGACUCAAAGGAAGGAAAAAACGAUAUAUUCAGAAUUGCUAAAGCAAGGGAGAGAAAACGUAGAGAUUUAGGAGACGUCAUCUAUAUUAAGGAUGAAAGCGGACGGAGCAUUGUGAAGGUGGAAGACAUUAGGAAAAGAUGGAAAUAG